UAUGUGCUUUUUCAUUACUUACAGAAUAACAAAUAAUGCAUAGCUCUGCACUCACUCUGGCCCUGUUAGUCGCCUAUGUGUCGGCACAAGCUUACAUACUGCCGGGAUACACUGAAAAGGACCCAGAAUUCUACAGACAGUUGGCGAUGAAGCAGCAACGCACGUGGGGCACCCGCGCCGGGCCGGGCCGCGUGUUCGGCACCCUCGGGAGCACUGAUGCCGGGCUAUUCGGCAAAGCCGGCUACCGUCAAGACAUCUUCAACGACGCCCGCGGCCGUCUCCAACGCGAGGCGUACGGCAGCCGCGUCCUUGGAGCCACCGGUGACAGUAGCCAUGUGGGCGGGGCGUUAGACUAUAGUAGCAAGCAUGCGAGUGGUAGUGUGGACGUGAGCAGGCAGAUUGGAGGGGUGACUAGUUUACAAGCGGAGGGCAAGGGCGUGUGGCCUCUCGGCAAGAACUCAGAAGUCUCUGCCGGUGGAAUGAUCAGACAGGAGAGCCUCGGCCGCGGGAGACCGGACUACGGGGUCGUGGCGAAAGUAAAAUCUAAAUUCUAACCCUCAAAUUCAUGGAUCGUAUUGUAAAAAAAUACGAGUUUCGACUCUUUAUAUCAAUCAAAAAGUUGAAAUUCCUUUAUCACAACGUCAAUUUUAAACCCAUUUUAAAGUGUCAGAAAGCUCUAUGGAUUUGGGGGUAUGUUUGUAAGGUCUGUUUUUUAAUCUCAGAUACGAAAAUGACAGAUUCUGAACGGUUCGAUUGUCCGAACGAACGAAUCAAACCGUUCAGAAUCGGUCAAUUUAGUAGACUGUACACACAUGAAGUGUAUUUUGUAUUACUAGCUGCGAUGGCAAACUAAAGUACUUUUAUUAUAAUGUUCCUUGCCUUAAUCUGAACUACUUCAGUACCUAU